GUGAAGUGCCGGUGCCGGGCUGCGGAGCCCCGAGGUGCGCCCGCGCGGGUGGGCGAGGCCCGCAGGUCUCCAAGAGAACUGGUCAGAUCACCUCUUGUACCAUUCUCCAAGCCAGAAUUCUGACUCCGGACUGUGUCAUUUUUGAAUCAGAUAGUUAUCCCCAACCUGGGGAGACAGGAUUGGAUGAUGAAAACCUGGCUGCACCUUCACUAACUGGAUUGAAGCUAUACAGACCAUAAGACCAGGACAUAGAAGCUUCUAUAAAUGAGACUCUUCUGGAAAAGAAGAGAAAAUUGAUUGGCUUUUCAGUGCCAAGACUUGCCUUGGAAGUAGCCACACGCAUGACCCUAACAAGACUCUGGCUCGUGUGGGCCAGGCCCCCGGCUGUCGCUAUCUGGUCAUUUAUAGUUAUUCUCUUCUCUAUACAACAAGUAUGUGGGAGUGGAAAGAAGUUCAUUGGCCCUUGUGGAGGAAGAGAUUGCUCCAUUUGCCACUGCUUUCCUGAAAAAGGGUCUUGGGGUUACCCAGGACCUCCUGGGCCACAGGGCCCAAUUGGACCCCUGGGAUGUCCAGGACCCAUCGGGAUUCCAGGAGAGAAAGGAUUAAUAGGUGACAUCGGUCCUCCAGGAACAGCAGGGGACAGGGGAGAUAAGGGUCCAACAGGUGUUCCUGGAUUUCCAGGUUUGGAUGGCAUACCUGGGCACCCUGGGCCCCCAGGACCCAGAGGGAAACCUGGACGGGAUGGCUACAAAGGCUCAAGAGGGGACCCUGGGUUUCCAGGAGGAAGAGGAGCUCCUGGCCCAGGAGGCCCCCCCGGUCCUCCUGGGGAAAGUGGAGAAAAAGGAAAUUCAGUGUUCAUCGUAGGUGCUAUUAAAGGUACUCAGGGGGACAGAGGCGCCCCAGGACCUCCGGGCUUCCCAGGACAUACAGGAGCAAGAGGACCAGUGGGCUCGAUGGGUUUCCCAGGAGAGCCGGGGCCCCCAGGACCUCCAGGUCACCCCGGCGGCCCAGGCUUGAAGGGCAACCCCGGCACGGGCGUAAAGGGACAAAGGGGUGAUGUGGGUGAGGUUGGCCAGCAGGGUUCUCCUGGACCUACGCUGCUGGUGCAGCCCUCCGAUUUGUCCCUCUUCAAAGGAGAAAAGGGUAUAAAAGGGAUACCCGGAAUGACUGGGCCCCCAGGACCACCAGGACUCAAGGGAGAACCUGGUAUUUGUGCAAAAGGAGAGAAAGGAUUUCCUGGGUUUCCAGGACCUCAGGGUGCCUCUGGUUCCCAUGGAGCUCCAGGUUUUCCAGGACCAAAGGGACAACAAGGACUGAUAGGAGAUCCUGGUCCUUUUGGAUUUCUUGGUCCAAAGGGGGAUCCUGGUGAUCGUGGGUACCCGGGACCACCAGGUGUCUUGGCAAUUCCAGCUCUUCCACAAAAAGGCCCUCCAGGGGAUCCGGGACUCCCUGGCCACUAUGGGGAAAUGGGCGCUGUUGGACCCCCAGGUCCCCCUGGUCUCUCGGGGAGACAAGGGGAAGACUGCACAGGUUGGAUGGGGCCUCCUGGGCCACGAGGCCUUCCUGGUCACCCAGGAUCUCCAGGGGCAGCCGGUGUUCCUGGGAGGCCUGAUUCCCCAGGGAAACCAGGAGACCCAGGACCCCCGGGGCUGCCCGGACUCCCAGGACUGCCAGGACCUCCAGGAUCGGAUGGUGUCCAUUGCCGUGUUGGGCCUCCUGGACCACAAGGAAUGAAAGGCAAAAUGGGUCCUCCUGGAAGAAGAGGCUCAAAAGGAGAAAAAGGAAAUGAGGGGUCCUGUGCCUGUGAGCCCGGUCCUAUGGGCCUCCCAGGUCCUCCAGGGCUUCCUGGGAGGCAGGGUGUUAAGGGAGACUUGGGACUCCCUGGGUGGCCUGGAGAAAAAGGUCACCUAGGCUCCCCUGGAGCUGAAGGAUGUCCAGGACCUCCGGGAAAACCUGGUGCCUUAGGACCACCUGGCCGCAAAGGAGAAAAGGGUGACAGGGUUGUGUCAAGAAUUAAAGGGCACAAAGGAGCAAGAGGCCCUGACGGCCCACCGGGAUUUCCCGGGCAGCAUGGACAACAUGGUCAGGAUGGGCAUGAUGGAGAAAGAGGGGACCCAGGACCCCCAGGGGACCAUGAGGACGCAGUGCCGGGUGGUCCAGGGCCUCCGGGGCUUCCGGGGCCCCCAGGCAGAGCAGGCCCCAGGGGGCCUCCGGGUCUGGGAUUCCCUGGUCCCCCCGGGCAACGAGGACAACCAGGAGCUCCAGGACGCCCAGGCGAGAGGGGCCCUGAGGGCUUGAAGGGCCAGAGAGGUGAUACCAUUCCUAGUAACGUAACCUACCCUGGGAGGCCAGGCCCGCCAGGUUUGGAUGGACCUCCAGGUCUGAAGGGAUUUCCAGGUCGUCCGGGUGCACCUGGGCCAAGGUGUUUGGAUGGUCAAAAAGGUCAGCGAGGCAAACCAGGGGUUUCCGGAGUCCCUGGCCCACCUGGUUUCCGUGGUGACACGGGAGAGCCAGGUCUUGGAGGUGAAAAGGGGUCUUCCCCUAGGGGGCCCCCAGGCCUUCCCGGUUUACCUGGAACACGUGGGCAGAAAGGAAUCCCAGGAGACCCUGCUCGUGGCCCCCCAGGCCCCCCAGGGCAGAGGGGUUCUCCAGGAACACCUGGUUCAAAAGGACUGAGAGGGGUGCCCGGAUGUCCUGGAGCUGCAGGACCAGCUGGCAUGCCCGGACCUCCAGGUCUCAAAGGUCCUAAAGGCAGAGAAGGGAUGACAGGGUUUCCAGGUGUGCCAGGAUCACCUGCUCAUUCCUGUGGAAGAGGCGCUCCUGGGAGACCAGGCCCGCCGGGCCUCCCUGGGGCUCCAGGGAGUCCAGGUGCCCCAGGUGAGAAAGGAGAACCAGGAGAUGGGGGACCCCCUGGGCCAGCUGGAAUGAAGGGCCUCCGUGGAGUCCCGGGAUGGCCAGGGGCAGACGGACCUCCAGGACCGCCAGGGCUCGCCGGCCCCCCUGGGGACCAUGGACGACCUGGUCUUCCAGGCCCAAAGGGGCCCCGGGGGCUGCCCGGGUUCCCGGGCUUUCCGGGAGGGCGAGGGCAGCCUGGCUCUGACGGACGCCCUGGCAGAAGAGGAGAACCUGGACAGAAGGGGUGUCCUGGCCCCCCGGGAGACCAGGGAGUGAAAGGGCCCAAAGGAGUCCGAGGACCCCCGGGAGAUGAAGGAGAAAUGGCGAUAAUUUCCAAAAAGGGGGAAACUGGGGAAACUGGAUCUCCUGGAGAUGAUGGAACCCCAGGAGAAGCAGGUGAUAAAGGCCUUCAGGGGAUGCCAGGGAGGCAUGGAGCACCAGGAAGACAUGGGCCUCCUGGAUUCCACAGAGGGGACCCUGGUAGAAAAGGACAGCCAGGGGUUCCUGGACCACCAGGUCCUCCAGGCUUACCUGGGCCGAGAGGGAUCAUUGGCUUCCCAGGCUUUCCAGGGGACCAGGGUGAGCCGGGUUCUCCAGGGCUCCCUGGCCUUUCAGGAAUCAAUGGAGCAAAAGGACAUAAAGGAAACCAAGGUGACCCUGCCAGCCAUUUUGGACCACCUGGUCCAAAGGGUGAGCCAGGUAGCCCUGGAUGUCCAGGACAUUUUGGAGCUCCCGGGGAGCAAGGUUUACCUGGUAUUCAAGGGCGCAAAGGACCCCCUGGAAACCCAGGACUGCCGGGUUCCUCUGGGCCACCAGGCUGUCCAGGUCAUCCAGGAAUGCCUGGGCGGAAGGGACAUCAAGGAGAAAUGGGCGAUCCUGGGCCAAGAGGUCUCAUGGGGGACUCAGGGACAGCAGGUCUUCCAGGAGUAAAAGGUCCCGCUGGGCCACCAGGCCUGAAUGGCCUGCAUGGCUUAAAGGGUCAGAAAGGAACUAAAGGUGCUGCAGGUUUGCAUGCAAUAGGCCCACCUGGCCCAAUGGGGACACCAGGGUUGAAAGGAGAUCCAGGAGACCGAGGAAGCCCAGGCAUUUCUCCUCCAGGUCCAUUUGGAGAAAAAGGCCCCCCCGGGCCCCCAGGCAGACGUGGGCCACCUGGUCCCAAAGGUGCGAGAGGAAGAGCUCCGGAGGGUGAUAUUCCUCACCCAGGUCCACCUGGAGAUCAGGGACCUCCCGGCCUCAGUGGUCCAAGAGGAACUCCUGGGCCUCCAGGUCCCCCUGGGAGUGUUGACCUUCAAAAAGGGGAACCAGGUGACUGUGGUUUGCCGGGGCCACCUGGCCCCCCAGGUCCACCGGGCCCUCCAGGACACAAAGGCUUCCCAGGAUGUGAUGGACAAGAUGGCCAGAAAGGACCAAUGGGAUUCCCGGGACCGCAGGGGCCACAGGGAACUCUGGGGCCCCAGGGAGAGAAGGGUUUACCUGGAUCUCCAGGCAUUCGAGGGCCCCCAGGCCCCCCAGGGGAGCCAGGGCCACCUGCAGACCCAGAAGACUGCCCCAGGAUCCCCGGGCUUCCUGGGGUGCCAGGCCCAAGAGGACCAGAAGGAACCACAGGAUUCCCUGGAACAAGAGGCCCCCCCGGACCAGGGUGCAAAGGCGAGCCGGGCCUGGAUGGCAGGAGGGGCGCGGACGGCCGACCUGGCCCCCCCGGGCCUCCUGGACGCCAAGGUGACAAGGGAGAAGCUGGCUGCCCGGGAGCGCCAGGCCCUCCAGGGCCCCUUGGAGAUCCCGGGCCUAAAGGCUGGGGGCCCGGCUACCUCGGCGGCUUCCUCCUGGUUCUGCACAGUCAGACGGACACGGAGCCCGCCUGCCCCAGCGGCAUGCCCCGGCUCUGGACGGGCUACAGUCUGCUCUACCUGGAGGGGCAGGAGAAAGCGCACAACCAAGACCUGGGCCAGGCGGGGUCCUGCCUCCCCGUGUUCAGCACCCUGCCCUUCGCCUACUGUAACGUCCACCAAGUGUGCCACUACGCCCGGAGGAACGACAGGUCCUACUGGCUGGCCAGCGCGGCGCCCCUGCCCGCCAGGCCGCUGUCGGAGGAGGAGAUCCGGCCGCACGUCAGCCGCUGCGCCGUGUGCGAGGCGCCCGCGCAGGCCGUGGCGGUGCACAGCCAGGACCAGGCCAUCCCGCCGUGCCCGCCGGCCUGGAGGAGCCUCUGGGUCGGGUACUCCUUCCUGAUGCACACAGGCGCCGGGGACCAGGGCGGAGGGCAGGCCCUCGCAUCCCCUGGCAGCUGCCUGGAGGACUUCAGAGCGGCGCCGUUCCUGGAGUGCCAAGGCCGGCAGGGAACUUGCCACUUUUUCGCAAAUAAGUACAGCUUCUGGCUGACCGUGGUGAGGCCAGACUUGCAGUUCCCCUCAGCCCCCUCACCGGACACCCUGAAAGACAGCCGGGCCCAGCGCUGGAGAACCAGCAGGUGCCAGGUCUGCCUGAAGCAGAGCUGAAGCCCGCAACCCCCGCAGGCGCCGGGAGACGUCCAGGCCGGCCGGGCUGUGCGGAAGACUCGCUGGAGCAUUUCGGAUGCAGUCUGCAAGGGCCUGCUGUGUCAACAGGGUUAUUCCCACAGCACUGUAUGUCCUGCCUCUGCUCCGGUCAGAUGAAGCCGAGGCUACCCUUGAGGAUCUGUUUGGACCUAUCCAUCUAGAUGGAGCACAGAUAUUCUUAUUUCACGGAGGAUGGGGUAGAGCUGGCUGUAUUUAAAUAAAUGCCAGUUCACAGGGAGGCAAGUUGGCAACAAAGGCCAGAUCACAAAUUAUUCAUUACUUAUUCAUUACUGAAAACUUCAUUCAUUGGUUCCCAGCAGCCCCAACAGUUGAAGUCAAUUCCUCUGCAAUGCACUGGGCUUCUGGAUGGGUUGGACAGGAACAAAUAAACAGGCCAACAAAUGAAACUAGAAAGUAGAGAUUUCCAACAUUUCAAAGUGAUUUCCCCUGUAAUUUAUUUUUCCAUGCACUUUAAAUAAUUGUAAAACCAUGACCCAAGGAGAUUUAAAAACAAAGCAAAGCCCACACAGUCGGCUCACAGCUCAUCCCCAUGUCAGGAAGACUCACAGACGCUCUUUUCCAGAGAGGCAGCAUUAGCAUAAACAAAUCACACGUGAGCACACUAUAGUGUGUUCUCUUCUGCAUUUUCCAGAGACUAGAAAUGCAGACUUUGGCAACCCUUUUGAAGAGUAGCAAUUAGGGGGAAAAAUAUAUUCAAUAAGGGAUUAAGAGCCUAAAAGCUAUUAAUGAAUAUUGAGGCGGUGAUUCACAAAAAUUGACUCCCCCUUGCAGUGAACUUCCAAACAGACCACUUUGCCCCAGUGGGGGUCCAGCUAGUCUUUGGUGUGUGUGCGCUAAUGGGGCUGAAGCCACAUGGGGCUUAUUCAGGGGGGCACUCUGCUCAUACAAAGCCUCUCCCUCCCUCCCCAGGCGUGCCUGAAGAGCCCCUUCCAGCCCACCAUGGACUGUCUCCCUCCACGCACAUAAUGGCAUCUCACAGGGGACGUGACAGGGCCGUCAUUACGCACUUGGGAGAAAAUUAAGGGCAACUUAAUGAAACUUAGGUAAGAAGAUUCAUUUAAGUCACGGUCACCCCACCAGGAAGACUUGGCCCUAUUUUUAAAGGAAACAGAGACAACCUAGAAUUUUUUUUUUUUUAAUGUCCCUAUUAUUGGCCUGUAUGGGAGUGCCCUGGGUUUUUGAUUUUAAAAACAUUCUUGUAGUUCCCUUCACCACCAUCCCAGGCAGCCGCCUUCACAUUUUCUAUAAAAGUCGAGAGAGACGUGCCUUUAUGAUGAGUGGUUUUCUGAACAGCAAAGGGUCGGUUUUUCUAUGUUGCUUGGGUCAGGGGUCGAAGAAUCAAGACUUAUUGGUAAAGACUUUUAGGAAACUUGCCUUCCUCAUGUGGGGAAAAAAAAGUCAUUUUAGGGCCAAUGAAUAAUUUCUCAUGAGAAAAUGAUGCUCGUUUAGGUGCUUCGUCUUGACGCACUUAAAGAUAACAGAAGAAAAACUCAGUGAAAAUUUCAUUUAUGAGAAACGUUUUCCUUGCGUACGCGAACGGAAACGUGUUCUAUGCAGAGCGCAUGUCCGGCCGAUGCUCCCAGGCUGCCCCCAGGAUGGCAAUUCAGUUUAAGAUGAUGGUAAAGACAAAAACGCACAUGCUACAGCGACAUCUCUUCUCGAUGUGCAGCUGCACUUCCUAGUUCAUUUGACCCUGAAAGUUUUUAACUGUGCUGUGGCCUGUUAAAUAUUUUGAGCACCUUCACUGUAAGUCAACUUCAUUUAUAAUGAUGCUUUUCUGUUUGCAAAAACUUUAUCACGUGACCCAAACUGGAGCCUGCUCCUGCGCAUUCAUGGACUUGGUUUGGAACAUUUUCUUGGAAGAGGUAAAGUGGAGACUAGAGCAUAAGGCGCCGCUCUUGCGUGGUCUCUGGCUCUGGUGUGAGCAUGCUGUCUCAUAGGCUGGCCAAAUGCACGGCUAGAAAAAGUUUGAAUUGGGGGCUGCAGCAAAUUGCCCCCUCCUAGGCCAGCUGGUCCGUGAGCCUCCCCCAAAUGCCUGAUCACAGCCCACACUCCACACGCAGCACGGAUGCUGCCGUUUGUGGGAAAGUAUUUUAAAGGUCAAAAGGGGAAAACAGUGGAAGAGACGGCCACGUGGGCUGCCCAUUAUUUCCUUCACCUGGCCCGCCAGCAACACCUGCAACUAUCCUCCCUGUGAAGGAGGAGCAGAGCUUUGGGUUGUUUCUCGAAUCCGUUCCUACUGAUUAACCUGUUUGGAAUUUCUUUCCCCAAAUCUUGUCCCCCCACCUGUUGGUUGGGGUGCGCCUGCACUGCCCGUGGGAUUUGCUCUGGGUGAUGGGCAGGAAAGUGGGGGGUUUCCUUCUGGGGCCCAGCCAGGUCCUCAGCCUGGGGCCACGCUUUCCUCCGCCAGUGCUGCUCGCCCUCUGCUGCGGGCUGACCGCCCCUUCAGUGGGCCUGUCUCCACAUACCUUUGCCUUUCGCCGGUAGCCUCUGGCAGACAUCUCCCAGCCGAUGGAGGGCCCCAGUUUCAAAUCCCAGUUGUCAUUUCUCUAAGACUCCAACUUGCUUCUGUUCUCCUUGGCUUCAAAUCCUGCAGCGACUCCCAUGGUGGCAGGGCCCACAGGAGCUGUCACCACAGAGGCAGCUUCCCCUCAGAUUUUGCUCCUGCUCUUUCUCUCCGUGAUGCCCCUCGGGGCAGGUUACUGGACCUGCCUGCCUCUGCUGUCCACCCUCGCCCCUGCAGUGCUCCUCACUUCUUUCCCUCUCCUGUUGAGACAUCAGCCCCUCGCGGGCAGGGCUGUGCCUACUCACCGCCGUGUGCCCGGUACCUGCAAGGAGCUGAGCACAUGCUGACACCCAGUUCUUUCAGGGACAAGUGACAAGUCCGCAGGCACCAGCAGGUAGCAGGUGUUUGUGCCUGUGUGUGAGCUGCUCCCGUCCACAUAUGAGGUGCUUCCCCACAUAGCGGCACCAACUUCUGAUUUCAAUACUGUAGCUGUCAAUAUAUCUGUAGCCCCCACCAUUCUUUAUUGACUGAAAGCCAACUGAAGGCCUUAACCACCAACCCCUCCUGAAAAGCCCCUUUUCCAUAAACGGAAAUCUCAGAAACGGUAAGAUUUGAGAGAAUUGGCUGAGGGAGGACUCUCCUGAAAUAUGGGGAGCUGUGGUGCUCUACCUGUGCUCCCCCACAGCCGUGCAAGCGUUUUCUAGCACAAAGCCGCCCCUGCAAAGUGUGUCUACAUCUCACUGGUGCUUAGAAAAAUAGUCAACUGAAUGGUCCCCUAAAACUGGAGUUGACCAAAGAUUUUGCUUUGUGCCUCUUAUAGGUUAAAAUAAAGCAAAUCAUUGUGUGUUCUGGGAGAUUCCAUCAGGUUUGUGUUUCAAUCAGCACACAGACUAAGUUGAUAAUUGUUUACUUUCAUUUGGAAUAGCUGCAAGAGUGGGAAGAUGUGGACUUCCCAGUUGCCUGAACCCAGUUCUGUCACUUUCCAGCAAGGUGAUCCUGGGAGACUUACACCAACUCUCCGGACUCCAUGUCCCUCCUUUAUACAACAGGACAGAACAGCUUCUCUUGCAUUGAAAAUUAGAUUAUAUGCCCAGCACAUACAGCUACACCAUCUAUUUAAAAUAAUCCACUUGCAAAAUAUUUUUUUUAGAAUAGAAUUAUAUUGUGAUUCUCACAGGGCAUAUAAAUUACUGAUUAGAAUUAUUUAUACCUGGCCAAUUUGUAAUGUCUUUGGGAAUGCUAUUUUAUUUCAAUUCUCAAAGUUACUGUGCCACAAAAAAAAAAAAAAAAAAAUCACAGUUUCCUGCAGGGACAUGAUCAGGAAGUUCUGCAGGGAACAAAACAAUUGACAUUAAAAACCAGAACUCUGCAAUCGUCACUGUUAUUAUCUGCCAGCGAUUCUGCAUAAUGCAGAAACCACCAAGGCUGGCUGCCACAUCCAUGUGAGAUGCUUGAAUUUUAUGGUGCUUAAAUUUUUAAUGAUUCAUAAGAAAAAAAGUGAAAUGUGUCAAAUAAAUGGCAUCCCUUUCUCUAACCUAUGGUUAGAGAGUUAAAGACUUUCAACAUGUAACAUUUGCAAGAUGCCUGGUCUGUUAGUGACACUUAAAUCUUUGUUGUAUUAUGCUUUGUACUAUUACAUAUAAAAUUCUGUGACCCCUGAAAAC